AUGCGCAAAAUCACAUUCGAAGCCGUAGCAGCGUUGUCAGGCGGGGAACAUGGCCGCGCCCAGGUUGCGCUUCCUCAUGGGGUACGCCAUGUUGGAGGAGUGUCCAUUCGUACAGAGGAUGAGGAAGCCUCUAAACUCACAUUGCUGAGCACUGGCGCUGUCUCACAGGACUGCUUGCGGGUCUCUCCUGGAACAUACCGCGAGGGGAGAAAGGGAAGAAAUCAGGGACCUGCAAGCCCUCCUAGGAUAGCCCUGGGAAAAAGGGGGAGGAGUCAGUGUUAGAUUCCUCUGCUGGGCUUGUGGGGGUUGGCUGUGGGGUUUGGAUGCUCCCAUAAUCUACAUUAUCUCCCACUCCAGCUACUCGAGCUAAAGUAAAAGUUCUUACCAAUAAUGGUUUUUGAUUUUUCCCUUAAUCUAAUGCAAUAUGUCAAUAAAAGUAUCUUUAGGAAAAUUUAUUUUUAUUUUCUCAUAAAAUAA